AUGCAAUUUUGGACUGCAUUGUUGCCAAUUUUCGUCGUCCACUGCUUAGAGAAUACAACCUUGCAAAAAACUGACUCUUUACCAAAAGUUCCAACGUCUAUAAUUACAGUUCCUAAACUGGAAAUAAGCGACGAAAAUUUUACCAAUAAGUUUCCCAUUAAAAACUCAGCUGUGAUCGACCAUUCGGUAAAUAUUUUGCGGCGAAUUAUAUCAAUUAUAUUUGUGAUGGAUUUAGGUGGUAAAUUAGGAGAAAUGAUGGAUGCAUUCAUCGAAUUUGCGUUGAAUUUCACAAAUCACUGUGAAAUAAUUAGGCGAAAUGAGAAAGGCUUGGUGAAAGGAAAAGUUGUCAGUUCUGCGCGUUCUGAAAUUAUUGCAGCUAUAAGCGCGACUUCAGCCAGUACUGCCGACCUGAAUUUUCUUUCACGAUUUUUUUCAUCAACGAGAUUUAUGAGUAUAAGUUCAAGUGGAAUUUCGUCGAAAACAAGUACCAUAGCAGCAAAAUCAGAAAUGGUACCUGGCCACCUUUCAACUGGGAAUGAAUUUGCCAUCAAAAGCAAAAAUAAGGGUGGUGGCGAGCUUUCCCUCUAUCGCCAAAGUUUAGACCUAAAUGAAGAUUCGACAACAUUUGAUAAGACAACGAUCAGCUCAACAAAUCAGUCCUAUAAUAAAGAUUACAUCGGUACAUGUUUUGGCAAAAUACGUUCAACCACCGGUUUUGAUUCAAAUUUUCGCACACUGAUGGACCGAUAUUCGCAAACUGCUCAAGUCGAUCAGAUCGAUCAGUUGAUCAGACAAAAAAUGGUCGAUUUAUGCACGGAGAAGGAAAUUAGCGAAACUGAAUCAUUUCUGGAUGAUCAACGAGGAAGUAUACAAAUCGCUCAAUUAGUCAGCUUAAAUUUAACAAAUGAUGAGAAAGACCGACUCAACGUGUAUGAGAAUAUCAAUGAUGUUACGUCUAUGAGGAAUUUUUUCCUUGCCAAAUUUCAUGCUCUAACAGGCGAACAAUACAAGCGAAUACAAAAAACUUAUAAUGAUAUUUUAAUGAAAUUCGUUUAUGGCAGUCUUAAGCAAAAUAUCGGAAAAUUUCUGUCCAAAUUAAAUUCGCAAGAAAGAAAUAUUUUAAAGGCUUACGGCAUAACAUCACAACCGGAAAAAAUCAACGAAUUUAUUGAUCAAAAAUUUACAAAAAUGAAUUUAAGCAGUGAUGAUGAGGAUGAAAUACGAAAAUAUGUCCGAGGAUUAUUUAUGUCAAUUAAUUACAUUUGA